AUGCUGGGUCGCAUCGGCCGUACGCGCUGCCACAACGGCCUAGACGCUGCUCGUGUGGCUGUUAACAAGAACAAGACCGCCGCUCCACUUGACAUGAACGGCGGCCCCUCCUGCUACGUGUCCUUCAUCCUCGCGGCCCCUCCAAAGGGAGUCUCCUACCUCAACGUCCAUUGGCCGGAGGAACAAGGCUCAGCCGUCUCACCCGCCUAUGCCUACGUCCGAGCAGCCGACAAGGAUUUUGUCCUCUUCGACAUCUCAACCCCGAGCCAGACUGACAGCUACCUCGUCCCGCCAGAUCUGCAUCCUACGGCUCAAAGCGGCGAUGAACGCUACAUCGUCGCCGAGCUCAAUGUCACGGGCAAUCCUUCCAUGCCUGCCGAACUCUGCGUCUUCAACUCCGGGACUAGAAAGUGGAAAAUCAUCCGCAAGCCGCAGCUGCAGGACCAAAGCAAUGGCGGCCACUUCUUCGACCUCAGGUCAAUCCACCAUGUGCUUGCUUUCGACAGCCGUUUCCUCUGCUGGGUCGACUACUUCAGCGGCGUCCUGCUAUGUGACUUCUCCACCAUAGACUCGCCGGCGCUCCGCUUCGUGCCAUUCCCUGGAGAGAAUGACUACCAUAACGAGGUACGAGUCGAAAGCUACUACCCGGAGAGAUACCGAAGCGUGUCCGUCAGCCAAGGUAAGAUGUGCUUUGUCCACAUUGACAAUGACUUCCAUGACAGAAUCUACGAUCGCUCCAGAUGGAUUCAGCUUCCUGAGAGAAAAAGGCAGCAGCAGACUGGCCAGAGAAUCACCAUUUGGACUCUGAGCUCCGAGUUCCAGUGGGAGCUGCACCGCGUGAUCAACCUGGAUUGUCUAUGGGCGCAGCGUGGCUAUGAAGCUCUGGGCAUACCGCAACGUUUCCCCGAGUUCCCCUUCGUCAGCCCGGAUGACCCCGAUGUUCUGUGCUGCCUUUUGAGGGAGGAGGAAUUUCGUGGUAAGGCGUGGACGAUCAUGGUUGACAUGAACCAUGCGUAUCUGCGAUCAUGUACUCCAUACUGUAUUAAGUGUGCGGAUGCGGAGUGUGGUGGGUGUGUGGAUGACAGAUACAGGUUUCCUCCAUAUGUCGAACUACUUCCAACUGUCUUCUCCAAAUACCUUGAAAGCCCAACAACGUCGAAAGAAAGAAAAAAGAAAAGAAAAAGAAAGGCUAACAGGCACACCUAG